AUGGUUCUUACGAGGUCGCGUUCGGCAACUCCAGCUAAGUCUAUUGCAGCUUCCUUUGGAGCCUCGAGCAAAGCCUCCAUCGCUAACAAGCCUGCACCAGCGAAACGGGGCCUUCAACGAUCAGCAACAGAAAGUCAGUAUAACACGUUCAAGGCUAGAGAGAGCCCGAGGAAGAGGCCACGAAUCGACGGAGAACCUCUUUCGAGCUCGCCGAAAGCUAGCACGAUCGCCCGGCCUCCAAGCGCGAGCAAGGCAAAGGCCAAGGCGCCCGAAGAGCCAUUCGUGAUCCCACACGAUGCAAGCGAAGAAGACUGCUUGACGCGUACAAAUGUACCGUUCCCAGACCUGCCAUUCGACCUCAACCGCGCUCAAGAGCACCUCUGUGCUGUAGAUCGCAGGUUUGAACGUCUAUUUCAAAAGGUGCCGGUGCGCUGUUAUGAAGAGGCCUUAGAUCCAUCCAACUCAGAGACCAAGAAUCUAAACCUCUUCAGAACGGUGACCACUUCUAUUCUCGGACAGCAGAUCUCGUGGCUGGCUGCGAGAUCUGUCCUCUACAAGUUCUGCCGACUAUUUUCCCCCGACUCAAUGCCAGAGAAGCCUGAUUUCGUUGGCUUCCCACGUGAGCAGUGGCCGUUCCCGACCCCUCUCAUGGUUUUGCGCACACCCGAUGCCGAACUUCGAGCUGCAGGCCUUUCGUUUGCAAAGAUCAAAUACGUCAAGGACUUAGCCGCCCGAUUUGUCGAUGGUCGUCUGGACAUCCGUCAGAUUCUCGAGCUUGACGAUGAAGAGGCAUGCGUCGCAGAAUUGAGCAAGGUCAAAGGGGUGGGUAGAUGGACGAGUGAGAUGAUUCUCAUGUUCGCGAUGCGCAAGCCUGAUAUUCUUCCUUGCGCAGAUCUCGGCGUGCAGAAGGGUAUGCUCAAUUUCUUUCUUAGUGGCGCCCAAGGCCCCAAGAUCAGCGUUAAGAAGCGCAAACCUGGCGAGGAGGAGGGGACAGAGAACAAUGCAGUUAUAAAGAGCCGGUCGAAUUCGAAACGCACGAACAACGAUGGAACCUCGAUGGUACCGACAGAAGAGAAGGGAGUACAUGUUCCUCUUCUUGCUCAGACUGAAGUCAUGCCCAAGAUGGAAUCUGGCUUCAAGCCGGAAAAUCACGAGGGAUCGUUGGAAUAUCUCAUCGUUCCUGAUCAUGGACUUUGCCGAGAAGUGCUGCAAUCUCGAGCUAAAGGCAAUAAGAUCAAAGGCGGUCAAUACCUCAGUCCAGACGAGAUGAAGGCUCUUGCGGCAAAAUGGUCGCCAUACCGCUCCGUUGCAUGCAUGUUCAUGUGGGCACUUGUUGACACCUGA